CUCCGUUUAUAUCGCAGGAAGCACAGUGCCAGGCAGACACACCACACAGAGAACGAGUGAGGAGAAGAAAAAGAGCGAGUGAGACUGAAAGCGACAGCAGAGUUUGCACUGAUAGCCAAAAUCAUUUCCACAGCUUAUUUUCUGUCGAGGUGUUAUUGUGGACUGUUGCGGGACAUUUUCCUUAAGUGAACUAUUUGGGUUUUUUGUGCGUGUGCUUUUAGUUGUUUUACUGGCAAACUUUUGCUGUGAGGCUUCAUUCAAUAUGAUCUGAAAAUAUCACCAUCCAGGAGAACGUUAUAUCUAUUUCAACAUUUGAAUCGACGUGAACUUCACCACUCAAAGGUUGGCCUUACAUGCGGAGUCAUCUCUGGCGUGAAAUGGGAUAUUGAGGCAUUUUCUGACAACAUCUGUCAAAAAACUUGGAAACGUUCCUUUUGUCUAUAUUCAGACUUUCUCACGCGCUUGGUUGGGAGUGAAUUCGCUUUGCUUUUUUUGCUGUCAGCUCUUCCAGAAAUGGUGGGGCACUUACAUUUACAAGCUAUGGAUGAUAGUCUAAAAGGCAAGAAUCGAGAAGGGCUGCUCGACAGUCCGGAUUCAGGACUACCCCCAAGCCCGAGCCCGCCCUUCUACUCGCUUUCCCCCGGGCUUCUCGAGUCACGGUCGGGGAGCUGUACGACGCCUGUGGAGCAACACCAUGGGUUCUAUAGAAAAGAGAGCCGAGAGGGGAAGUUGCUUCCCUACCUGCUGCUGAACUCGCAGGGCACGGAGCUCAAGACGCGCAUGCAGCCCGUGGUCUACGGAGAGAGCAUCGAGGUCAACCCCAAACCUGAGCAGGAAGUGAAGUUCCACUCUUCCGUGAGGUACGCGUCGGACCGCCACUACCGCGAGCAACUCUACUGCGCGCCCGUCCCCGUGCCCACCAACUUCCGCGAGACGGUGGUGGUGGCGUCGCCCAACUGCACCUGGCGCCACUACAAGGCCGAGGUCUACCUGCAGCCGCGCCACCGGCCCCUGCGCUUCCAGAGCACGGCCAUCGUCUACCCCAAGCACGCCCGCAGCACCUACCGCACCACGCUCAGCCACCAGCCCUCGGGCUCGGGGGCCGGCCGCCGCUGGUUCUCCUCCACCGUGCGCCUGGAGUCCAGCGAGGACCUCAGCCCCUGCAUCAUCUACACAGAGGACCUCUGAGAAGACCGCGGAGCGGAGCGGAGAGGAGAGCGAGUCGGGCGCAGCAGGAGCGAUGGAACGACGCGGAGGAGAGGCUAACAGAACCAAUGAAAACACCAAGCCAAUAGCAGGAAUCACCAGUGGCAGUCGCACCCGCCUCAUGAACUCUGGACGAGCCUCGUGUGAAGGGAGGCCAGAGGAUUGGGGUUGGGGGUGCUGGGGCGCUGAACUUAACUCUUCUUGUGAAGAUAAGGGAUCUAAAUGGACAUGUAGAGAAAGGGUGUGUGUGCGGUGGGGGACGUAAGAGGGACAGGCAGACCGGCACCUAAGGGAGACGUCUGAGACAGAACACUUUACUUGUCUGCCCGGGUGUCGUGUCUGUCUGCUAGCACAUAGAUUAGCGGAGGUUACAGUGUUGCUAAUCUGUUUUUUUUUUUUUUUUCAGUAGGUUUUUCCGCAUAUUUACUUGUCUUAUAUACAUGUAACUGCCUUAAAGCUCUCCCUCAGAAAAAAAAUCCCUCACAGUGCUGAAGUACUCCCUGGGGCACCAUGUCAAACACAUCCUCAGCCAACAUAGCUGUGGCUGGAAUCCUGCAGACAGAUGUUAUAAGAAGAAUAGUACAUUCUGAAAUGCAUCCUACGUUAUUUUGCGUACUACCAUAACUUAAUACUCUCUUGGAAAGCCAAUUAUGUUAGCCACAGCUGUCUAACAGCCUGAUUGCACUCAUUGGUGUAUAUAUGUACAGUUUUGUUCCCUUUUGCUUGCUGGCUUCGCUGGUGUCCACGCAGGAUGCCAGGCCUGUCACGUGAGCACUUGAAAGGUUGGACCAAAGAUUUGACAGUAAGACAGACUGUCAAGCUCUGGGAAGUUUUGGUAUCCACAAGAACAAGACAUUUUAUGUAGGCCCACAGGCCCUUGUGGCUCUGUCAUGGUGCUACUUCUGGUCUUCUGCGGGGAAUGCAGGUGUUUGGUCCAGUUCCGACUCACACAUCUUAUCAGUAAGAUACUGUACAUACGAUUAGGACAGGGUCAGAUUUCAAAACAAUAGCAUCCCCGUUUGAAUAGUAAUAUCUCUUAGGGCGUACUCACACUGUGCCAUCUGUACCGUACCCGAUUUAACCCCCUAAAGUCUGGUUCGUUUGACCAGUGUGAUCGCUCCGUACCAUACCCGGGCACCGUAUGCUUAUCCAUGCCCAUGUCCUCUUUACGAGGUCGACUUGGGCACGGUACAGUUGGGCUUGUGAUCGCACCUAUGCAAAGAUUCUAGAGCACAGCAACUCAACGUGCCUGGGUACAAUUUGAUAGUAUGCUGUGUGAGUGCGGACCAAGAACGGGAGAGAGCCAUACUCUGGGGCGGUACAACUGUACCGUGCCCAGUGUGAGUACGCCCUUAAUAUGCAGUUAGACAAAAACAAAAAAAGCCAAUUGGACAGAAACAUUUUGGACUUUCCCAAACUAUUUUGUUUUCUUGGACAUUUUAAAAUGAGCAUGGAAUGGAAGAAUGUGUAAAAAACAAGAAGAGUUUGAUGUAUAUAGAGAACAUGCUGUAUCCUCUAAAUUUGUUCCUUUUGACUGAGUUGUGAUAUAGUCCUGCAUUUGGAUUUAUUCAUUUAGUAGUUUUUCAUUUUCUGGGUGAUGAUGACCAUUACAGAAGCUCCUCCUGUUUCUUCACUUCAUGUGUCAGUCCUUUAUUUCCCCUGAGACAGAAAGUGUAUCAUAAUAUGCCUGAAAUAAGAGUUUCCUUUCAUUUACAUAUGAGUUUCCCCCCUUUCUAAUGGAGGAUUGAGUAGCUGUUGUACAUUUGUGUUGGGAACCUGAUCCUCAAAACUUUUAGCUCCUUUUUAUUUGUUGUUGUUUGUCUUAUGUUGUUGAAUGCUAAAUGCUCAAUUUGGUAAAUAUUGAACUAUGCAAUUCAGAUUUCUUACCUCAUUUAUGAAAAUAUUUCUUAUCUAAGUGUAAAGGUUUGUGUUACCAGUUCUCGGUGAAAAUGCAGUAGUUCUUGCUUAGGAAAAUACAGAGCAAGUUUUAGCUGAAAUACAAAAGGGAAGCGAGUGGAAAAUGAAAAGACUGGACAUACAGUAGAGGUCUGAAAGGAAAGUAAUAAGAUGGGAUAUGAUAGGUGGAAAGAGUUGUUAGCUUGUGGCGGCUAGCUUUACCAGGCCACUUGUGAGCUAGCCGUAUUGGAUCUCUGGAUAUAGCCAGGCUAAAGAAGGCCAUCUGGGGGAAGCAUUUAAAGGAGGCACUCCAUUCCAUUGCAGCAUUGUUGGGAUGUUGCUGUAGAUUGACUGAUAGAUGAUACCGAUGAAAAAAAAAAAGCUAUUGAGACUCGGAUUCAGACAGCAGCUGAGACGGGAAAGGAUUUGGUCCUGACUUUGGCAUGGAUCAGCUAGAUCCAUUUCAGGGGUUAGAAGAGUGUGUGUGGUAGCCUGAUCAAGGGUCUGAUCCAUCAGAUUUAAUUCAUUACCCCUCGCUAGAGAUGCACAUAGGUUUUGUGUUAAGGCUGUGUUGAAAAAGCAUGUUGAGAAGAGCCAGGCACACUGAGGGCUCCAUUUGGGGGAUGUUAAAACCGUCUUACCCAUCUGUCAGCCUCGACUAACUGCUAACUAAGUGCGAGAUGAAAACCUGGAAGUGUGUGAAUUUUGUAGAGUGGAAUAAACUCACUGUCUGGUGGCAACAGGAAGCAGAGUUGAUCAUUAACAAAGUGUCUACAAGCCCACAAAGAAAUAUGGCUAUUGUGGUCUUGCAGAUGAGGGCAAAUCAAGGGUUCACUUAUUGACGCAAGUCCAGUAGCUGAAUUCUGUGAAGGGCUUGUUCAAGACUAGUGUGAUAAAUAAUGGAAAAUUGUGGUGAAGGUUUUAGGUAAGUGAUGAGGGUCUGUGCAAAGUCUGUCAUGUUGAUGUGGUGGAUGUUUUAAAAAAAGAUUAUUUUAAUUUAGUGAAUUUCAUGAAAGAGUUCUCCAACAGUUACUGUUCCUGUCUCUUAAUGUUUUGAGGAUUUGUUUGUUUAUGUAAAAUACUUUUGUUGUUGUAUAUGUGGAAAUGCGGCACUUCAUAAUUCUCUUUAUAUUUUUGUAUAAUUUCCCAUGUCGGUGGUCUCCUUUUUGUUUUGGAAAGAAGAUGAGUAAAUAAUUUAAAGAGGAAAAUGUAUAUCUUAAAUAAAAUAAAAAUUUGAAAAAUUCCCAAACCCAAA